AGCAAGUUGAGGAAGAAAGAGCUCGAAUAGAACUGGAGUCUGGCUGAUGAAUUCUCCAGCACAGCUGACGGGGCCUUCCUACACAGCAUCUGUCAAAUGAGGCAUUAGGGAGUAUCUGGAAGGACAGUUCAAAGGUCCAUGUGUCAAGAUCAUUUGGAAGGAAAAGCGAAACAAUACCAGGGAAACAAACCACAAACAUUAUUUUAUUAUUCAGCCUGAGCAAUGAGUGCGAAACACCGGGAACUGAUUUGAGUGUUCCCUUUAAAGGGGAUUUUUCAAAGUUGUCAUUCUUUUUAAACAUGUGUCAAGCUCACAGAUUCUUAGACGGUGAUGCACCAACAUUUUUUUAACUGAGUCAUGAUUUUGGCUAAAGAUCAAAUUUCAGGGUGUGAGGGAGUGGCUAGUUGCAAGAUGUCUUUGAGUGUUUAAAAUAAAAGAGAGUGUGUCCAGGGAGGAGCUAAAGGGCAAGAAGCCAUUCUUAGCUCAGUCCUUGACCUGGAGCUGACUCCCUUCAGUCCUUCAGUCUAGUAGAGGCUUUGGAUAUUCUUCCUGACUGUAAAUCUUAAGAAGAACAACCAAUGGCCUUGUGGAGACCUUCCCUAGCCUGUACCAUUCAUUUAUCUGGUGCAACCUCUACAGUCAGUCACCGACACUUGCCCUGGGUUGAUAAACAGAGACUGGGCCUUUGGAUCUUGGCAAUUCUAACAGUUCCCAUCCACUUCAUAGAAGCUAAUGGUUAUAAAACAUUCUGGGGCCUAGAAAAUGAGGCUCUGAUUGUGAGAUGUCCAAAAAGAAGAGCACCCCUUUCCACUGUAGAAUGGUAUUACUCAAAAACAAAUGAGACUAUUCCCACCCAGAAUAAAAAUCGUGUGUUUGCCUCAGGGGAACGUCUUAAGUUUCUCCCAGCCAGCGUGGAUGAUUCUGGAAUUUACACUUGCAUCAUCAGAAGUUCCACCUUGAAUAAGACUGGCUUUGCAAAUGUCACCAUAUAUAAAAAACAACCAGAUUGCAAAAUUCCAGAUUAUUUAAUGUAUUCAACAGUAUCUGGAUCAGAAAAAAAUUCCAGGAUUUCUUGUCCUACAAUUGACCUCUACAAUUGGACAGCACCUCUGGAGUGGUUUAAGAAUUGUGAAGCUCUCCAGGGAUCAAGGUAUAGGACACACAAAUCGUUUUUGCUCAUCAACAAUGUGAGGAGUGAUGACGAAGGUGAUUACACCUGUAAAUUUAUACACACUGAAAAUGGAGUCAAUUACAGUGUGACAGCGACCAGAUCCUUCACAGUUACACGAAAAACAGCAAACAUCACUUGCUCUGCUUGCUUUGGAAAAGGCUCUCAGUUCUUGGCUGCCGUCCUGUGGCAGAUUAACAAAACCAAAGUGAGCGAUUUGGGUGAAGCAAGAAUUCAAGAGGAGGAAGGCCAGAAUGAAAGUUUUAGCAAUGAGCUCAUUUGUCGGAGCACAGUUUUAAGAAUAACUGAUGUGAAGAAAGAGGAUUUGUCCUUGGAGUACAACUGUCUGGCCCUGAACCUGCAUGGAAUUAUAAGGAAUACCAUAAGACUGAGAAGGAAAAAGCCAAUUGAUCAUCAACACAUCUACUAUGUAGUUGCAGGAUGUAGUAUCUCGUUAAUGAUAAUCAAUAUCUUGGUGAUAAUUCUGAAAUUAUUCUGGAUUGAGGUCGUUCUGCUCUGGAGAGAUGUAGCUAGACCUUACAAAACUAGGAAUGAUGGAAAACUCUAUGAUGCUUACGUUAUAUAUCCACGGGACUACAGAUGCAAUUCAGAAGAGGCCUGUUCUGCCGAGUACUUUGUUCAUCAGAUUCUGCCUGAUGUUCUUGAAAAUCAAUGUGGAUAUAAAUUAUGCAUUUAUGGAAGAGAUCUGCUACCUGGAGAAGAUGCCGCCACGACAGUGGAAACCAACCUGCGGAAAAGUAGGCGACACAUGUUUAUCCUGGCUCCUCACAUCACAAACAGCCAAGAGUUUUCCUAUGAGCAGGAGAUUGCCCUGCACAGUGCCCUCAUCCGGAAUGACUCCAAGGUGAUUCUAAUAGAAAUGGAGCCUCCGGGAGAGACAGGUGGACUGCAGGUGGAUGACCUUCAAGAUUCCCUCAAGCACCUUGUGAAAGUGCAGGGCACCAUCAAAUGGAGGGAAGAUCACGUGGCCAAUAAACGGUCUCCGAAUUCCAGGUUCUGGAAGCACGUGAGGUACCAAAUGCCCAUCCCAAGCAAACUCCCCAGCAAGACUUGCACAACAGGGACCAGCACUUCCGUUGAUGCAUGAACACGUCUGAGUUUGCAGCUCUCCUGACUUCUGGGGUUGGUGCUGGGAUUUGCCUCUGCACCAGUUCUGAAGUGGGAAUAGAAGGAAUGUCCACGGUAGUCAGCCCUCGGGGCUCCACUUGGAACUUUACUUCUGUUUUCCUAAUUCUAGGUGGAUACAACUGCCCAGAAAAAAAGUUUACCACCCCUUCCCCAUUUUGUUUUGUUCUGUUAUAGCGUAGGAUUUUUUUUUUCCUCCCUCCACAAUGCUUUUGAUUCUCUGAUUUUGAUUCUCAUUCCUCAUGGGUAAUUUGCAUUU